AUGCCCUCGCUCUGGCAGGAGGCCUUCGGCCUCGUGGCCGUGGAGGCGCAGCUGCGCGGCAUCCCGGUCGUGAGCACGGACGCCUGCGGCUUGUCCGAGGCCAACUUCCUGCCCGAGCUGCGCGUGGCCGGCGUGGAGAUCGUCUUCGACUCUCGGACGCGCGAGGUGCUCCGGGGCGUCACGCUGCAGGAGGCCGAGCGGAGCCUGGACCCGCGGCGCGCGGGCCCCGCCGCCGUGGGGGCGCCGGGGGCGGAGGAGGCGGAGCGGGUGAGGCGCACGCACACGUGCAUCGCCACGGAGGCCGAGGCGGCCGGCUUCGAGGCGCGCGUGCGCCGCCUGAUGCUCGACGAGCCCGCGGCGCGCCGCCGCCUGGGCGCGGCGGCGCGGCGGCAGGCCGCCGCGCACGUGGAGGGCCGCCGCGGCGGGCUGCGGCGCACGCUGGCCGAGCUCGCGGCGGCCGCGGCCCCCGCGGCAGCUGCGCGGACAGCGGCACGGCGGCGCGCGCUGGAGUCCGUCGACGCGGGCUUCUCGGCGGCCAAGGCCGAGCUGCAGAUGAAGGAGGUCGAGCUGCGAGAGGUGGCAGCUGCGCUUGAGCUCACAGUUGGGGAUUCUGUGACGGCUGACCUUGUUCGGGCUUUGCUGCCAGCGCUCUGCGCGCUGGUCCGCGGCGAGACGCCCGAUUGGUUGGCUGUUCUUCGGCGGAACGUCGCGCUCCACGCGGAGGCGCCCGCGGUCGCCUCCAUUGCAUCGGCGGGCCCCGCUGCGCUUCGCAAGGCGCAGAAAGGCCCUCGGCUGGGCCACGGGAGGGGCCGCCGCUGCGCCCCGCAGCCUGGGGCACGGACGCCGCUGCGUUCGACCGCCCAGCCUUUCUGCCCCGCUGCUGUGGCCGACCCCGUCGGCCUGCCGCUGGGCGCGCUGGGGGUGCAGGAUGAGGAGCCCGUCGAGGAGGUAGGCAACGGCACCGAGAGCAUCGCGGAGGUGCACUUCGUCACCAUCGAGGGCCAGUGCGAGGGGGCCGAGACGGUCCCGCACACGCCGCUGGCCGGUGGGAUGGCGGGGCCAGAGCCGCUGGAUGUCAAGGACAAGGUCGCCGCGCUGGAGGGCCUUCUCCUUGGCGCCACGGAGCGGCUGAACACGGUCGCGCUCGCGAUCGUCACCGCGCAGUACGACGGCACAGAGGUGGAUCAGGCGACGCACGACGGGCUCGCUGCUGCCGCCGACCACCUCGUCCUUCUCGAGGGUCAGCUGGCCGCCGCCACUGAGGAGGCCAAGGCGGGCUUCGAGGGCGGCGACCACUGCUUUGGGCAGGUGCCGAUGGCCGAGUACGACCCUGGCGUCGAGCACGACAUCGUCGGCGAGCUUUUCCUCGAGGAGGGCUCCGAGGUCGACGAGGAGGCCGAGCACGGCAUCGCCGACGGCGACGGCGGCGGAGUGGUUGGCUGUGCUGGUGCCGCCGACCGCCGCCCUCCUGGGCCAUGGGCGGACAGGUUCGUUUUCGGCCCCGAGGGCCUCAUGGCCGCUGCGGCCACGCGAUGUGCGGCGGACGGCUUCGGUGGGGAGCUCGAUGACGCCGACGGCGGGAGCGGCGGGCCGCAGUACGACGGUCCCCAGGCCGCUGAGGCCGCUCGCGCCCGCGACUGCGCCCGGCUCUUCGCCCCCCUCGCGGCGGAGAUCGACCCCGCCUUCGGCCUGGAGGCGAACGCCUGGGGCGCAGGCGGCUCGGCCAGCAGCGCCCGGCGCGGCGCUGGCGGGCGGCUUUCGGCCCCAUCUUGGCUGAGCUGCCUGUGCGCGGCCGAGCCGGCGCGGGCCGACAACCAGGGACGCGGCACCGCAGCGCCGCAGAGCCUCGGCGAGGCCCUGCGGGCGCGCUUGCGGCGCUGCCUGCCCUGGGCCUCCUCGGAGGGCCCCGCGGCGGCCGACCCCCUGGUGCGGCCUGUGCAGCGGCGCUGGUACCGCCUGCACCCCCUCGCCGCCGACAUCACGUUCUUCGUCCGCCCCGACGCCGGCCUCCGCGGGCGCCAGCCGGGCUUCACCGCCAGCCUGCAGCGCGCACUGGCGGUGAGCCACUAUGCCAUGGCGGCCAGCGAGGCGGGCAUCUUCCAGAAGAAGCUGGAGAGGAAGGGCGACGUCCGAACACUGGAGUCCCGCUGGAAGGGCGGCCUCGGAGGCAGAAAGAAGCUGCAGCUCAGCUGGAGCGUCCCGAACUUCGUCGAGCGGCGGUGGAUGCUGGACGGCUCCUCCUGGCUUCCAGUGCGACGUGUUCAGAAAUGUAUGAUCUGCUACGAGCAGCCCGCGGAGCUCAUCCUGCUGCCGUGCCGCCACGGCGGGCUGUGCGAGGACCCCCCCGAGUGCCUGCGCCUCACGUUCCUGAGCCGCCCCAAGCACCGCGGGGGGCACAACUGCCCGUUCUGCCGCAGAAGGUCGACGGAGGUCCUCCAGAUAUGCGCGGGGAUUCAUACGGCCCCCCGCAGUACGCGUUCGCAAUCCAGAUGA